AUGUUAAAGUGUGCAUCUUUCGGACUGGAAAAACAAAUAACUAUGAUAAGGAUUUUACUGGCAUGCUACAAAGCCGAAUUGAGAAUCUGACAGAAGUUCCAACAGUGGGCAAGAGUGACAUUAUUCUGGUUUUCUGUCCUGCUGUUUCCCGAGCUGGAACUGACAUUGACAAAGCACUUGAAAUAUUCAAUCACAAUACAGAAGCUAAGUUGGGUGUUCUAGUGGUGCUUCAUCACACGUUUGACCCAGAGAAAGUGAUUCCAGACAGCAGCAGAUCUGUCAAGAGGACAGAUAUACUCACAGUGGACUGUCUGUUCUAUGAGGAUGCAGGAUUUCUUAAGUGUCAGAAGAAUUCAGAUGCAGCUGACAAAGUUGUGAACUGGUUAAUACAAGAGGAGAGGCAAAUAGGUGUCAAAAUACGUCCUCGUAAAAAUUUAACAACAAAAGUUAACUUUACAAACUCAGGACAAAUCCAAUAUCCAGAACGUGAAAGAUGUAAGAAAGAAAGAAAUAAGAUGACCAAAAUGGGAAACAACAAACCUAGUACAAAAAAGGUCAAAGUGUUCUCCAUUUUGGCUGGAAAGAUAAAAAACUGUCAGAAGGAAUUUUUCGACAUUUUGAGAAACCGAAUUGAGAAUCUGAAGGAAGGUCGUACAGUGGACGAGAGUGACAUUAUUCUAGUUUUCUGUCCUAUUGUUUCUCGAGCUGGAACUGAUAUUGAAGCAGCACUGAACAAUGUUGUUUACUCUACAG